AUGGAGAACAAGGAAACCUUCGCCUUCAAUGCUGACAUUCAGCAGUUGAUGAGUUUGAUCAUCAACACCUUCUACAGCAACAAGGAAAUCUUCCUGAGAGAACUGAUUUCGAAUGCUUCUGACGCACUGGACAAGAUCCGCUAUGAGGCAAUCACCGAUGCCGAUAAGCUCAAGACGAAGCCGGAGUUGUUCAUCCGUUUAAUUCCUGACAAGGCGAACAACACCUUAACGAUUGAAGACAGUGGUAUCGGUAUGACAAAGGCCGAGCUGGUGAACAACCUGGGUACCAUUGCGCGUUCAGGCACCAAGGCAUUCAUGGAGGCGCUCCAGGCUGGAGGUGACAUCUCUAUGAUUGGACAGUUCGGUGUUGGGUUCUACUCCGCUUACCUCGUAGCUGACAGCGUCACCGUCGUCUCAAAGCACAACGAUGACGAGCAGUACGUGUGGGAAUCCGCCGCUGGAGGAUCUUUCACUGUUCAGAAGGAUGACAAAUACGAACCCCUCGGCCGUGGUACUCGCAUCAUCCUCCACCUCAAGGAGGACCAAGGCGAAUAUCUUGAGGAGCGCCGCCUGAAGGACUUGGUGAAGAAGCACUCUGAGUUCAUCUCUUUCCCCAUCGAGCUGGCAGUGGAGAAGACCCAUGAGCGCGAGGUAACGGAGAGCGAGGACGAAGAGGAGAAGAAGGCCGAUGAGAAGGCGGAAGAGAAGAAGGAGGGAGAGAAGGAAGGUGAGGAGGCGGAGGAGAAGAAGGAAGGGGAGGAGGAGAAGAAGGAAAAGACGAAAAAGACAAAGAAGGUCAAGGAGGUCACACGCGAGUGGGAGCAGCUGAACAAGCAGAAGCCCCUCUGGAUGCGCAAGCCGGAGGAGGUGACUGAGGAGGAAUACGCUUCCUUCUACAAGUCUCUCUCCAAUGACUGGGAGGAGCACUUGGCUGUGAAGCAUUUCAGCGUUGAGGGGCAGCUGGAGUUCAAGGCUCUCCUCUUCGUCCCCAAACGCGCUCCCUUCGACCUUUUCGAGACUCGCAAGAAACGCAACAACAUCAAGCUGUAUGUGCGUCGCGUCUUCAUCAUGGACGACUGCGAGGAUAUCAUCCCUGAGUGGUUGAACUUCGUGAAGGGUGUCGUCGAUUCUGAGGAUCUCCCUCUCAACAUUUCCAGAGAAAGCCUGCAGCAGAACAAGAUUCUUAAGGUCAUCCGCAAAAACCUCGUGAAGAAGUGCCUCGAGAUGUUCGCAGAGAUCGAGGAGAAGAAGGAGAACUACACCAAGUUCUACGAACAGUUCUCCAAGAACCUCAAGCUCGGUAUCCAUGAGGACAGCGCCAACCGUGCAAAGGUGAGACACUAA